ACACGGCUACCGGAAACAACACAACAGUGUGCGCCCAGCAGGGGGGGUCUAAAUAUCUUCAAGAUUCGAAUAUAUGGUCGUAAACAUUUGCUUCUGUUUGGGGGUUUGCGCUUGAUAAAUAUAACCUGUCCGCGUCAGUGUUACUUCAGUGAAAUUGACAUUGUUCGUCGUCUUCAGGCGUGUUAGCUUCAGGCUCUAACCCGAAAACAAGUCAGUGCUGCGGGGACAACGAUUCAGAAUGGAUCCUGGAAGUAUCCCACUCAGUCCAGAUGAGGAGACCGUCUUUCCAGAGCAGACUAUAGGAACCCAGAGGAGUCUGAAGAGCCUUCGGCUGUUCACUACGAGGUUUGUCAAGACGAUACAAGAAGCUGAGGGCGCUGAGCUGGACCUCAGAGAAGUUUUCAGUCUACUGGACAUGAGGAAGAAAAGGCGGAUCUAUGACAUAACCAACGUGCUGGAGGGUGUAGGUCUUCUUGAGAAAACAUCCAAAAGCCGAGUGAAGUGGAAGGGGACAAUUCCACCAGAAAACUCACAGGAGUUAAAUAUCAAACUGAUGGAGCUGAGGUCUGAGCUGGAAGACUUGGAGCUGAAGGAACACACACUGGACCAGCAGAAGUUCUGGGUCGAACAGAGCAUCAGGAACACAACAGAAGACUGCAGCCAUCUAACCUACAUCAAUCAUGAUGAUGUCUGCGACUGCUUCAGUGGUCAGACUCUUCUGGCAGUAGAAGCACCGCAAGGCACCCAGCUAGAUGUUCCCAUUCCAAAAGCUGUCCUUAACAGCCCAGCAAAGUACCAGAUCCAUCUGAAAAGCAUCAAUGGCCCGAUCGAUGUUGUGAUUCUUAACAAAAGCUCAGUGAGCUGUGUUCCUCUCGUGCUGCCAGUCCCGCCGCCUGAGGAUGUUUUACAGAAAGCCAAAUCGUUGAUGUCACAUGAGACAGAAAGCGAUAGAUUACCUUGUCAGGCUUCUGGUAAUGCACAACAUAACGCCAAACCCAGAUGGCCAGCCAAGGAAGAUUUUCGAUAUCUUCUGUUGUCGUCACUCCUGAAUAAUGAACCUCAAAGAAGUGAAUCUGAUAUGCAAUUUUUAUCAAAAGAGCUGGGAAACCUACUCCAAACAAACAAACAAAAAAAUAGAACAAAUAUUUUUACGGAGCGAUUGAACUCUGAAGGUUUUGCUCCUCCCCUCCGGCUGUCUCCACCUCCAUCUGAACUUGACUAUAACUUCCAAAUGGACGAGAGUGACGGCCUCUCUGAUCUUUUUGACGUCCCAAUGCUCAACGUGUGAACAUGAACUCCAGGACUUAUAAAGUAAAUAUUCUUACCCAGGAAAUGUACAUAGUCUGUUUUUAAAUAGUUAUUUGAUUAUAUGAAAUAAAAAGCAAAUGAUUUUGAA